CAGGAGUCUGAAAAGGAGGAGCAGAAGUCUGAGCCUCCACAGGAGUCUGCGCCUGCUGAACAGCAAGAGGAAUAUCCACAGGAGUCUGAAAAGGAAGAACAGAAGUCUGAGCCUCCACAGGAGUCUGCGCCUGCUGAACAGCAAGAGGAGUAUCCACAGGAAUUGGAUAAGGAGGAGCAGAAGUCUGAACCUCCACAGGAGUCUGCACCUGCUGAGCAGCAAGAGGAAUAUCCAAAGGAGGCGGAUGAAGCAGAAACACAAGCUGCAGUGAUUGACAAACCAGAUACUCAAUCCGAAGGGGGCAAGGAAAAAGAAGAAAAUUGGAAGGAACUUGAGGAUGAUGCUUCAAAGCAAGAGUCUAGUUCUUUGCAGAACGUGGACACCCAUGAUACUGGUGAUAAGGAAAAUGAUGAGUUGUAG